GAAAACCCCUCUUUCUUAACCUAGAAAUCAAAAUCAAAACUCCUUGCUCGUUAUCGGCAAAAAUGGCUUCACGGUGUAGAUCGUUCUCCAAACCAGCGUUCUCAGCCUUUAGAUCUGCAAUGAACAAGCCCUCUCCCCGACCCAAAUCGGAUUCAUCAUUUAUCGGCGUCUCUCCGUCGCCUGGACUUGCAAGGCCGAUUGCUCAGCUAGGUUCGCUUCAAUCGCUGCUUCCAUUGUACAGUGCGGUGGCUUCUGCUAGGUUGACUUCGUGCCUCGGGAUUGAUUCGAUGAAUUCAAGGUCGUUGUCUCAGGGUAUGCUCUGCUGUGCGAAUCCAGGAGUUUGAUAUUCUCCAUACUCUUUUGUUUAGUAAGCUUGGCCUAAGCGUUCCUCGAUAAAGAAACCAGAACUCAAAAACAAAUGGCUUCAUCUGAGAUCAAAUUCUCCUCAGUUUUUUUCUUUGCUGGUCUAACUCAGCCACUCAGAUCAAUUUCAUUUUUUUGCGGGAGUGAUAAACAGUCUCCCUUCCUUUUCAUUCAAUUAACAAUUUCUUUAUGGAAUUUGUACACUUAACGCAUCACGUUUGAAUAAUAAGAGUCUCUUGUUUGUGUCCAUUGGUGUUCCUGAAAUACCCCAAAUUCGGAAUAUACGGUAACGUCAGUAGAUGAACGCCAGCCAUCACAUGAAAAUGCCCAAAAUUUCAGUGAGCAGUAGAUAAAUGCCUUGCCGUUUCUCA